AUGGGAUCGCCGUCAUGAAGUCACUACACCUCUUGUGCCUCUUAGGGGCCCUCGCAUUCGCCUCGGGAGUAGAGAUACCAGACGAACUCAAAGAGAUGGUACAGAUGGUUCACGAUCAAUGUAUAGGAGAAACAGGAGCAAGUAAUGAUGCAAUCGAAGCAACAAAAAAAGGAGUCUUCCCGGCGGAUGACCAAAAGUUAAAGUGCUAUUUGAAAUGCAUUUACAGCAACAUGGGUGCGAUUUCAGACGAAGGUGAAUUAGAUGCUGAAGCAUUUUCAUCCGUGAUGCCAGAGGAAUUAGGGGCUGUUUUAAAUCCAAUGAUUAAUAAAUGCAAAGGAGUCACUGGUCCAGAUGGUUGUGAACUGGCCUUCAACUUCAACAUUUGCUUGUACAAUGCCGAUCCCAAGAACUACCUCGUUAUAUAAAGAAGACAUCAUGAAAGCAGUUUAUGACUGAGCAAGAUAUAUUUCUGAUUGGAACACAAGCAAUCUGCUGCCUUUAGUUGAAAACCGGGAGUAAAAUCAAUAAUUUAUUUCAAUCAAUUUUAAAGUGUACAAAUAAAAUUAACGUAUAUUU